AUGCUCUCUCGAUUAUUCCUUAGACCUUCGAAUCUCCGUCUCGUAACCCAAGUUUCAUCCAAAUCAAACUCUCAGAUCUUCUCCUCGAUUAUCCGUCCGCUUUCCACCAACAGUAGCGGCGGCGGAAAUGGCAACGGAAAUGGGGGUAAUCGGAGUGACGUUCCCUGGAGUUUUUCCGGAGUAAACGACGACAAGUCGAUUCCUUUCCCUUCCGAUGAGUUCUGGGGUUCCUCCGGAGUUGCAGGAUCCGGUUCAGCUGGUGGUGGAGAGGGCAAAUGGCCGGAGGAGCCUAAGCGAUGGAAUAUGAAUGAGGAAGAGGAUAAGGUUGUGUUCGAUACCGGCGGAGAGGUGCCGGAAGGGAUUGAAACUGGCCGCGAGAGGAGAGGCAAUGGCUGGGAGGAGAGUAAGCGAUGGGAUAUGAAGGAAGGAGAUGAGAAACCCGUGUUCGGUGCCGGAGGUGAGGCUGCGAGUGGUUUCGGAACCAGUGGAGAGGUGAAAUUCAAUGAAUGGGAUGCGUCUAAGCCAUGGAGUUUAAAGGAUGAAGAUGACAAGGUUGUGUUUGAUACCGGCGGGGAGAUUCCGCUGAGCUUUGAACCCAGCUUGGAAGAUGCGGAGGAAGAGCGUGCGAAGAAGGAGGCGAUGGAGAAGGAGGAGAAAGAGCUCACUGAGAUCAUCAAAGGGCCUGAUCGUGCAUUUGGAGACCUUAUCGCAAAGUCGGGUAUAACAGAUGAAAUGCUAGAUAGUUUGAUAGCCUUAAAGGAUUUCCAAGGAGUCGAAGGAUUGCCUCCUCUGACCGAGAUUGAAAACAUGCGCCGUGAGAAGAGUUCGAAGAAGUCCUCGAGAGCUGAGAUAGAGCUCCAGAUGCAAGAGGAAAUCGCCAAGUCAAGGGUCAGACAAGUGGAUGAAACAGGUAGAGCCUAUGGAACGGGGAGAAGAAAAUGCAGCAUUGCUCGUGUUUGGAUCGAACCUGGACAAGGAAAAUUCCUUGUGAACGAUAAAGAGUUCGAUGUUUAUUUCCCUAUGCUUGAUCACCGCGCUGCUCUUCUCCGCCCGCUUGCUGAAACCAAAACCUUAGGAAGUUGGAAUAUUAAGUGCACUGUUAAAGGCGGUGGUACUACAGGUCAAGUUGGAGCUAUUCAAUUAGGUAUCAGCAGGGCAUUGCAAAACUGGGAACCAGAUAUGCGUACAGCACUUCGAGCUGUUGGUUUUUUGACAAGAGACUCUCGAGUUGUGGAGAGGAAGAAACCAGGGAAAGCCAAGGCAAGAAAGAGCUUCCAGUGGGUCAAACGUUAA